UGCAAUAUUUUAGUAUUCGAAUCAAUACGAAGUGUUGAACAAAAAAUAUUAUCAAGUUGGUCAGUUUUGUACGAACAAUUUCAAAUAUCAUUGCUUGCAGGGAAAUUAUGGGUGAAAAUUAAUGAUUUUUUAAGUAUAAACGAUGUAGACGACAUUAAUCGGUGUUUUUCGAUCAGCUAACAUAUAUAUCAUUUGACCUAAUGAUGUCUACAUAUUUUAUUUCGAAAAAUAAGGUAUUUUUGUUAUCGAUAAAAUAACCCUAUAAAUCGAUAUGCACAUCGUUUGCCCUGUCAGUUCAGCUACUGGAACCAUCACUAGUGGACAUUCAUAUACAAUACACAAUACACAUAUCUGUAAUUUUUCUCAUUUUAUCGAUCAGCAAAAAAGGAAAUGAAUUCAAUCACAGUUGUAGUUUUGGCAGUGUUUGUCUUCUUGCAAUGGUCUACCGCUGCUGUAAUACCUGCAUAUCCUACAUAUUCGACGGAAAAACCAAAACCCCCUGUUAUUGCGCAACUGCUGAGAAACGACUACGUCUACGAUAAUAACGGACAGUUCAGCCUUAAUUAUCAGGUGGAUGAUGGGACAUCGCAGACUAGAGAAGGAACUUUGGUACUGAAUGAUGAAGGAGACGAUUACGUUUUGAUUCAAAAGGGCUCAUACUCAUACAUUUCUCCCGAAGGCAUUAAAGUUACGGUGACGUAUACAGCCGACAAGGAAGGUUUCAAGAUUGUCGAAUCAAGCAACGAUGUCCCCGCCAGAGUGUAAUUGGAAAGUCCAAAUAUAUACAUAGCCUAUACUCAUAUAGUAUAUCAUUACAAUUAUGUAGCAGAUUUAAUGUCCACGUAUGCAUUUUAUAUUGUUCAUUUUAUUAUUUUAAACUGAUUAUGUAGUAUUGUAGUUGUAGUAUAUAGUCGGCAUGUUUAAUCAACCAUGUAUGAGUUUAAAAUUACAUGGAAAUUGGAAUAAAAUAUAAUGUAAUAAUUAAAAUAUUUGAUCUUGAGAACAUGUGCUUAAGAUAAAACAAAAUAUAUUUUUCCUUGCUUUUAUCAUAA